AUGAAUCAAAACCUUUCCAAUUUAAUCGAGAAAAUUGUAAAACACGUUUACAAUAUUCAAUUUGUGAUCUCCAUUGUCGGGUUUAUCCUAACAAUUCCCCAUUUAUACAUUCUAACGAGAAAGUCUAUGAGAACUUCUAGCAUUAAUUCAAUUAUGACUGGUAUUGCAAUUCUCGAUUUAAUUGUUCUUUUAAAAGUUAUUCUGGAGAGAUCCUAUUGGUUCUGGAUUUAUGAUAAUCCAUGUUUAAAUCAUAGCUCUUACUACUACGAGGUGCUCAUUUGGAUCGGAGAUUUCCUGAACGACACUGGAGAACGGGUUUCUUUCUGGAUGGGUGUAUUUCUAGUCCUUAUCAGAUUAAUUCUCAUAAAGAUGUCUGGAAGUACUCACCGCUUAUCAAGCUAUAUUUUCGGGUAUUUAGUGUUAAUUUUUCUGUUAAUCAUUCAUUUUUCAAUAUCGUACAGUUUUUAUUCGGAGUUGUAUCUUGUAGAAUGAAUGAACCCAUGGCUACCAGGAAAGCAAUGUAUUGAAUUUCCCAAAGAAUACAGUGAAAAACAAUAUAUUCGAAGAAUGCGAAAUACGGAGAAUGUUAUUGCAAUAGCUCACAAAUACAAUUUCAUUACCGGGAUGUCCAAGAUUCUUGUCAGUGUUCUUUACCCCGUUCUAGCGGUUAUUUUGAUUUUUGAUGUUCGAAAGUCUGCGAACAUUUCAUCGAAGGCUAACAGCAAAAGACAAAUUAAAAUAAAGUUGCCAACAUUUUUCAAAUACCACACUGGACGCAUGAUUUUGCUCAUGACAAUAUUCUACACAAUAGCCAGUGCUCCUGGAGGAAUAUCUGAUUUUAUUGUGAUCUUCUGCACUGUCGGGAACGACUCAAUUCUGAUGCUCAUUAUUGGAUACGGUUCCAUAUUUAUAUCCGCAUUAUUUUGCUUCAACGCUGCGUCUCAUUGUCUCAUCAACUUCUCAAUGUCCACAAAUUACCGGCAGGCCGCGAGAAUGGCAUUCACAAAACAAUGUAGCAGAAAUGUUAUAUCGGUAAUCUAAAU